UCAUUGGGAGGGGAGGAGCGAUUGUGAAGCUCCGUGUGUAUUGAAACUCUCAUUUCUGUGCCUGCAUUCCAACCCUCGUCAAAUCCUGAAAGAGCGAAGAGGGGGAAAAGCCAUAAAUAAUACCAUGGUGAGAUCGGGCCAGGUUGAGGAUCGACACAUGGACGCGCGUUUUCAGCAAUCGGCCGCGAUAAGAGUCAGAAACUGCGCAGAAACGCACGGCUAUAAUCCACUUUUGAUUUCUUUUAAGCACUAAAGGCUCGAUGGGGGCCACACAGAGACGCUUUCUUUUGCAUUUUUAAAGAGGAACGCAAAAUGGCAGAUGACAGACACCAAUACAGCGACAACGGCUUCGUUUCCCUUUAAAACAUGAAGGGCUGCCCGUAUAUUUUUGGACGUGUAUCGGAAUAUUAUGCCAUUAGAGCUGGUUGCCUUUAAGUACUUAUUUUUUUCUCGGCUUUUCUUCCCUUAAAGGACGUGGAGAUUGGAGCCGCGCAGUAGGGAAACGAUUUUAAAUGUACCCUUUAAGGAUACGUUUAAUAAAAUAGUAAUAUUCGGUGUAACAUUGGGUGAAGGCUUUUGCGGGGCGCUUUGAAGAGAUCAAAGCGAAAGCACUUGGCAGUCCAGUUUUCUUUAGAUUUGGACUCUGGUUACAUACCAGUGUAUGUUUUCUCACUGUUCCUUUGUUAUAAUGAGGGGGAAGUGUGGUAUUCCCGUGGUCUACACGUAUGUGUAGGGAUAAACCGAUUAAUUGUCAUUUUCUGUGAAAUUAAAAUACAAACCAAGCUACGACUAGAUUGCGAGAGAUGAAUAUUUUAGUGUAAUGUACGUAUGAACUGUGUUGUGAUCUGGAAGAAAGAUUAUAAUCCUAUUUGGGAAUAAAAUCCAUUUUGCGCUGCGUGACUAUAACCUUGUCGUACGUAUAAAAAGAAACAAAAAUCUCAUCUGUUAAAUAACAAUUUACUUUUCACGAGCUUUCGCCAAUGUUUUGCUUGAAGCUGUUGUCGGAAAAAGGCCUGUGAGUGUGGUUUUACCUACCAAACGAGAGCUGUCAGGCUGACUGGCGCGCUGACUGGAUUAUUCAUAGCCGUCAUAGAUAAAUAGUGGGCGCAGGAAUCAUCGCUACACAUGCGGAAUAUAAACUAGUGCGUUGGCAUUUAAAGUCACAGGACAGAAAAGUCCACUUUACAGCUUUGGCAAUAAUACAAAAAUCUUGGGACGCCUACAGUUGACACGCAACGAAUGAAGAAGUGGGUGGUGUAAUGUUGCUGCCUUGAGCAAACGUGCGCUGUAUGAAACUAUAUUUUACGGUGUGGUACUCCACCUAUCACAGUGUCUGUGACUGACAGGGAAACAGGUCUUGACUACAAAGGCCUUGAGAAAGUUAGGAUUCUCAGAACGCCUCCAAGAGGCUUUUUAUGCAGUUUGACUUUAAAGUUACAGUCGAGCUGUGAACUUCAAAGCGCCGAAGAUGGCAGAGAAUUGGAAAAACUGUCUCGAGGAAGAGCUAAUAUGCCCCAUUUGUCUGAAUGUCUUCUCUGAGCCGGUUCAACUCCCAUGCAAACACAAUUUCUGCCGCGUGUGUAUAAACGAGGCCUGGGCUAAAGAUGCAGGAAUGGUACGCUGUCCGGAGUGCAACCAUGCAUACACCCAAAAGCCGAGUUUGGAGAAGAACCACAAACUGUCCAACAUUGUGGAGAAGUUCAAUGCGUUAAAUAUCGAGAAGACACCGGCGGUCCUGCACUGUAUCUUGUGUCGCCGUGGUCCUCCACUCCAAGCUCAGAAGGUUUGCCUCAGGUGUAACGCACCCUGCUGCCAUUCCCAUGUACAGACCCAUCUCCAACAGCCUUCUUCCAAUGCCGGACACUUACUGGUGGACGCUGAGGACGUCAGGGCCUGGAGCUGUCCACAGCAUGAUGAGUACAGACUGUAUCAUUGUGAAACCGAGCAUGUGGCUGUCUGCCAAUACUGCUGCUUCUCCAGAUGUGCUACCAACCACGGCCAUGCCGUGUGUGAUAUAGAAGUCAGGCGAAAUGAUAUCAGGCAAAUGCUGAUUAAACAGCAGGAUCGGAUUGAGGACCGGGUCCAGGACAUCGAGGAGCAACUCUACAAACUAGAAUCUGACAAAUGCCUUAUGGAAGACAAAGUGCAGCAUCUAAAGGAGGAGGUACAGCUGCAGUAUCAGAAAAUGCAGCAGCUUUUGGAGGAAGACCUGGGGAAGACCCUGGAGGUUCUGGAUAAAGCUCAUUCCAAGUUCUGCCAGGAGAACUCGACACAGGUCCUCCAGCUUCACCAGAAACAGCAAGAGGCCAAGAAACUGCUCGGCUCCAUCCAGAUGGUUUUCGAUAAGGCGGAGGACAUCGGUUUUAUGAAGAACACAAAGUCUGUGAAAAUACUAAUGGACAGGUCUCAGUCAUGUGUCAGUGGCACGUCACCAUACAAAGUGGGCAGCCUCAACUCCAAGCUUUUUCUGUCUGAAAUCUCGAAAAGAGAGAAAAACCUCUGCAAAAUGCUGGAAGCUCCAUUCAGCGCUCCAGCAAACUUUUUCCAGAGUAUUCCGGCAUACCUAUGCGAGAAGCGCAGGCAUUCCGUGGCGUUCCCUGAAGGCAGCGGGAGCAGCCGAGCGGGCGCUAGCUUCAUGGAUUCUUCCUCUUCUUCAGGCUCUGCUGCCGCUAAGCAACCGUGCCUGAAUCUCACUCAGGGCUCCGCCGCGGGCGAGGGCCAGUCCUCCCAGCAAGCACUCGGGCCGUGCAGCUCCGCACAACACGUAGGAACCAGCAGCUCGGCCUCCGGCUCUCAACCCCUACCGCAUUCCACCUCGGUUUUUCCUCACUCUCAUUAUCCGAACAGCAGCGCCUCCCAGCUGCCCCAGUACGGGGCGCGGAAGAUCCUGAUGUGCACGGUCGAUAACUGUUACUGCUCAGGGGUGCCUUCCGUGUCCAACCAUCGCGGACAUCCGCCCUAUCCUCGCUCCAGUUCCUUCCCUUGGCCGGUGAGCUCGCAGGAGUACUCGCACGGCCCCCUGCCCUCCGCACCGGCCAUGUCGCAGCCUCUCCAGAGCCUUUCCAUGCGCGAUUGGAUCGACGCCUCGCAGUCGCACAGGCACACUGACUUCUACAGCCUGUACGGCCAGUCUUCCACCAAGCAUUACGUCACCAGUUAACCCCUGCUGCAGUGACUGCAGCCAGUCACCAUACGGGGCGCUGAGAAAUGUCUUAGCGGAGCAUGUGGGGCAUUUUUCAAACUUCUCAAUCAUUUAGAAAAAACUGCUGAAGUCUGAAAGUUAAUAUCACAAAGUCAAGCAUAGCUUUGCACAUUAUUUAGGCACUAAUGGUGUGAUUACGUACAAUGAACACAAGUUGCUCUUCUAAGAACACACAUUUUUCUGCAGGAGGAUGCUGUCAUCUUUAAUAUUGCACUUUCUUGGUAAAAAUCCAAAUUUUUGCAAUUACGUUUGACUCGUUCAUGAAACAAUGGAUGUCAGCUGUAAAAUGAUUUAGCGAACACCUAAUGAAACUUCAAUUGUCAAUUAAUGCGAUUUACUAUUGAGAGAAUUGUAACCCACAAAGUUUUAUUAUCUUCAUAUGGUUGUUAUUUGUCGAAAUUCCCAUAUGCAGCAUGUGCAGGAACUUUGUAUGGUUUUCCCAGCCUUCCAUUUUUUUAGCUUUUGUUUUUUCGCUUAAAUUGGAGUCUGUGGUCACUUUAUUCAUCACAAAAAGCACACGUUAGCUCGGAUUGGAACGGGCGCUUUGGGACGUUUUUAACGUGCACCACGUGAGGAAACAAACAGCACAGUGUUGUUCAUUUUGCUCUUCUUCCUUCACUCUAAAUGCUCUUCACAUCGAUUCGUUGUUGCUCCACGGGCUUCCAACGUAACUGGUUCGAGAGCGUGUCCCUACCCACAGCAUUCAGUCCGGUCCUCAUCCAGACGGCGCUGUCUGUCUCUCACGCCCUUCAAAGCCACAGAAAUGCUCCCCUUUACAUCCUGUAUGUUAAACACAGGAUGUAUUGGUUUCACAUUCUUUCGUUCAGCCACGGUCUCUCAUUAUAUCUGACGGUGGCUUCAGUGCUAACACGUCAGUCGCAGACAAAAUGGCCUGUAUUCAGGGGGUCACAGUGCACUUGAUUCCUCUGCAUUUACUGUCAAUGCUGUAAUUGUUCUUCCUUGUGUUUCAUAGCAUUUCCGGAGCCUUCGACUUCCUGUUUGUUGCUGAGUGCAUGUGGAAAAGUUUAUAUGCACUCGUAGAGAAAUAAUAAAACUGCUAGCAGUUAUAAAAAGACUUUUAAAACAGGGAAUGAGAUUUUUUCUUUUUUAAGAACAACUUAAGUAAAGGAAAUGUUGACCAAUGAACAUGAAACUAACUAAAAACUAGGAAUGAUGGAGGGAAGUUUUCUGUUGUAAAUAUUUUGUGAAAUGAAAAAGACUUGUAAUUUGGAGAAAAAAAACUUGUUGAAAAUAAAUGCUAAUUUUAAAAAUGG